CCUAAAGAUCACUCAACAGCUGUACCUUUGAUCUGAAAAGGGAGAAGUCUUUGUUAACCAGUUUUUCAACCUGUUUACUCAGUAAACGUAGUUAGUAUUUGUGAGCCAUAAAUAUCAUGGCCUUUUUAUUGAGCACAAACUCUGGCAAUGGAGCUUUAUCAGGCAUUGGUACAGUCACCAUUUGGUAGAUGUGUCCAGAAAAAGAGCAGGCUUUUGAAUCAGAUAAUGUUGACCAGUUUCAGGCUAGAUUAGAAUUAGAAUAUCUAUUUAGAUUGAUUUUUUUUUUGACAUGUGAGGCAGGACACAGGAGUGGGGAAUGCUCAUAUAAAUUUUGGAUGGCACUCUAAAGUGCAAGUAUUUAGUGGGAUGAACUUACCCCUAUCCUGAAGAGUGAAAAUUGUUUAUAACUAGCAUAGCAAGAGGUAAUGCCAAGAAUCUGAUGCAACAGUAUGGGAAAACACUAAAGUACUAAAUAGUACAAUUGUAUACUCAUGUUUAGAUGCAAGUGAAUUUUCUGCUCCUAUAGAGAGUUUAUGAAAAUAGAGCACCAGAAAAUAAUGUGGAACUUAGAAAGAAGUCACACUUAGAUCAACACAACUGGAGGGGAAGGGGAGGGGGAAAGGAACAGCGGAGAAUGAGAUAAGGCUGGAGGAAAUUAUGUUUUAAGAGAUGAUUAUCCUUUAAAAGAUUCUCUUGUGCCCUAUGAAUCCUGAAACUUGGAGACCAAAGUUGAGUUGAUCUAUGUGGUUUUUCCCCUGCCCUAGCUCUAAAAUGCUUCGAGUUUGAAGACACAGGCAUACUUUAUACCAUACAAAAUUAAAAGCAUAUGUUUAAUGUCAAACAUGCCUCUUCUUUUGUGUACUGGAACACUAUGAUAUUGUAGCCAUCAGGCAGAACUUUUUACUGGACUUAAAAAAACCCCAGUUAUUAUUUUUUCAGUUUGGCAAGAGAUAUAAUUGCCUCUUCAGUAGUUUUUUGGUUAGAGCAGUCAUUCUCAGAUUUCUUUAACUGAUAGGCUUUUAGGAGCUCAUAGUGUGGUAAUACCUAUUACCUAUAAACUUUGCUCCUACUUGCCACUUUAAAAAAGCAUUUACUAGAAUUAAUGGAGAAAGUUACGCAGCUUCAGAUGAGAAAACUAGUGAGAAGAGUAACAUAAGUCAAUUACAUAUGCUAGUAACAAAGAUGAUCUGUUAUAAAUAGUAUUACAAGAAGCUGCUUGGCAGACCAGCUGACAUGCUUUCCUGCCUUUUAGGUUGUAACUAUGGGAAAGUUUUGAGAGAAAGGAUCUUUAAAACUAAAAGUGUUCAAUUUUUUUUUUAUCAAGACUGUUUUUCUUUUGAAUCUAGUCACCAGUUUAAACUCCCCCCACACACACAUACACAUCCCUACUACUGUCAGCCUGCGUCUCCUAUUCUCCCUUUUUACUAACUUUAACAUUAUAUAAAAAUAAACUGAUCUUUUUUUCUUGAUAUGCAAAUAUACUUGUCGAUUGUCCCUUCUUGAUAGCACAUCUGGCAUGAAUAUAUGUGGUUAUAGAAUUAAUGGAAAUCCUCAGGGAUUAUACAGUGAAAUAUUUUGAUAAUUAGUAUUUCCUUUUAGUUAUGAUUUGAAAGAAAAGGAAAGGGUUAUUGUGGGGCAGGGAGUGAGAUGGAAAUUUGGAUGAAAACAUGUGCCUGUUGUGCUUACUGGAGAUACUUUAGGCAAUUUAAAAAAUCUAUUCCAUUACAAUAAAAAUUCAUCACAAGGAAGGCAUUUUAUAUUAAAGAUUUUCAAGCCCACUUAUUUAAAACAAAACAACCAAAUUCUAUCACAAAAGAAUUGAGAGUUUGUAGCAAGACACUUUUGAUAUCUACUGUCUAUGGUGCAUUGAUUGCUUUUUUGUAAAGCAGUCUUUCUUUUAGUACUGGUACAAGUACCAAAGAGGCACCACCACUCAGCUAAGCAAAUGGGAGAGGGAAAAGGUAAUGGGGAGGUGCUCCAAACUAAAGGUUAAGAAAUUUCACAACUCAGAGCAGCUCUCGUUUUGUUUGUUCAUCUGUUCACUCACCUAAAAGCCAAGGUCCUACCGCCACUACCACUCCUUCCUAGGUACGAGACACGUUUCAGCUUGGAAAAGGGAGGGGCCAGUCAUUCUGUAGUUCCCAUCCAAACAGAGUAAGUGGGUGUGCUUAGUGAUUAUGACCUUAACUUGACUCUGUUAAGACCUUUGGAAGGUGUUAUGCUAAGGCAGCAAAACACGUGAUUGCCUAGUUCUUAAACUCAGGCCUCUUCCAUCAUGAAAAAAUAUGGCUAUGACAUGGUUCCACAGUAGACAGUCUGGGAUUAAGUUACUGCUAUUGCUUGUAGUCAUCCAACUACUUGUCACCUGCCCAAAGAGAUGGUGACUACCAAUUUUCUUCCCUUAAUCACUAAGGGAGAUGCCCUUGGGAAUUUGGUCCAGAAAAGAUGACUUUAAGUGAGGGCUCAAGGAAAAUUUAUCUAACAGCUUCUUUGAUUAUGUACAAAACACUUCAAAAUCAUUCCUCUUUAGUGAUGGAAAAGGGGAUUUUUCACUAAAUGAUGUUGCAUAUCCACAGAGCUUUUAUUUCCAUCAACAUUUUUUUUUCUGUCAACAUUUCUUAAGAAAAUUUUCUAUUUUGCUACAGAAGGAGGAAGCACUUUUUCUCUGACCUACACCCAACUGGUUUUAUUAUCCUGGUGGGAGUUGAGGGGGAAAGGAAACGGAUAAUAUUGGAAAGUGACCAAAGUGUAAAAAAAAAAAAAAGGCAUCAAAAACUUUAGAUAAUAAAUUUUGAGGGGGGGAAUGGAUAACUUGUUGAAGAAACUGAUCUGGAACUGAGGCUACUAUUGCAUUAUAAUCUCAUUCCUUUGAUCCUUGCAAUUCUUCAGCCACAGAAGGAUAGGAAAAUCAAAGUGCUUUAAGAGAUGUCAGGAAAGUGUACAUUUCACCUCCACCAUUAGAAGCCUCUGUACUCUUUGUGUAUGGUGGCAAUUUAGGUUGGGCUUUUUCCCUGUGAAGCCUUGGACAUCACGAAGUGAGGAAAUGAGAGCGAUUGCCUUUCAGUCAUACAUCAUUGGGAGUAUUUAGAUAUUCUAUAACUGGCUCAAUUUUCAUGGAUGGAAUGGAUCAAUUUCCAGAUUAUCCCAUGCCUCACUAAUGCCUUUCUUGUGUACAAUCACUUACCAAGGCAUAUAGGUUUGCAGUUUGCUUGUCUACAGUUAGAUUAUUUUCCUCCUGGAUUAGGUUAUCUGUUCCCCUCCAUAAAGUUGAGUUGAUAAUUGAUAAAGAUUUUUAAAACCUUUUGCAUUUUUAAUCUACCCUUAUCUCCAUCCUUACAUACAUGACACGACAUCAGGUAUUUAUUGUUGCCUUUUACAUUAGGAAGAAACUCUGACAAUCGUAGGCAUUACUUUAAGUGUAAAAUAAAAACUAAGAAUAAGGAGUUAAGUGUCACGCCCUGCCUGGGGCCCUCACCCUGGAAUGAGUAACUUGCUGACCCCGCCCCGAGUUGGUCCAGCCUCAGUGUUGUUGCCCGGGGCAGCAUGUGGUUGGGACCCAGCCCACGCUGGCAUCCGGACUCAGUGUCCUCGCCACCAGCUCGCCAUGUCCACCUCCACUAGCUGCCCCAUUCCCGGGGGCCGGGACCGGCUGCCUGACUGCUGCAGCACCACGCCCGGGGGCACGCUGUUCGCCACCACCCCGGGAGGAACUAGAAUCAUCUAUGAUCAAAAAUUCCUGCUGGAAUGUAAGAACUCACCCGUUAACCGGACACCACCUUGCUACCUCCCCCAGAUCCCUGGGGUCACUGCCCCACCACAGGCCCCACUGGCCAAACUGGAGGAAUUAAAGAAGCAGAAACUGAAGAGAUCCCAGAUGAGGCAGUUUGAAAUGGACAUCUGACCUGGAGUAUUUGACCUUGUUAACACAAGAAUUCUGCCCCAGCUCCUGUGUGCUACUGCCAGAUGGCUCUUACUGCAACAACCAGGGCCUCAACUUCCCCAGGCAUGAGAAAGGCUUAUUUCUAGUGGCUCCUUCAGUUCUCAGAAGUGACUGGGCCCAAGGUGAUGGGGGAGGGAAAGUUGGGAUUUGGGGUGUGGGUAGAAGGUGCUAUUCUACAAAUGGAGGCCAUGUGGAUUUGGAAGUUACUUGCUGAGCCCUUAAUACCCAUUUUUUCCUACUGGGUUGUGGAACUGGAUGCUGUACCCUGUCAAUGCUUAAUAAACACAGUGAAAGACAUCCCCUGGAUCACAUUUCUAUUUUCUCCACCUUACCCGAAUUCCUCCCUUUUGAGGGGGAAAAAGGUACUGCUGUACCACCCCUGGUCAUCCUGAAGCUAGAAUGAGGAAUUCAUGCCCCAUAGAACUCUGCUUCUAAGAUUGGGCCCUGUUCCAGCUGCAGUCAGAUCCAGCCUAGGGUGGGGAGCAAGGGCCAGCAGGAACUGUACUGUAAACAGCAACAGCGUGGCACCUGCCAAGGGUUGUUCCCCGUUCCAGGAAACAGCCUUCCAGGAUCUGAGCCUUUGCUGUAACUCUGUUCCAGUCCCUACCUGCUAUUUUAAUAUGGGACAUCAUCCCUUAGGAAGAGGUCAUUUGAGGCUCCCCUUCUCCGUUUGGUAUUGUUAUCACAGAAUGUUAGUAAUGGAAGGGACCUUACAAGGAUCAUCUGUCAACCUCUUAUUCCGAAAAUGAGGAAAGUGAGAUGUAUUUAGAGGAAAUUAUUUAGCCAAGGUCACACAGUAAAUAGCAGAGUAGGGGAUUCAAACCUGAGACUUCUGAAAACUAAGGGAAGUAUUUUCCUUUCUUCAGCAACCAGGAAGGCAUCUUUCUGGAUUCCUUCCCACCACCUGCCAUUUGAUACCAAGAUUCAGUAAACUCUUUUCUACUCUGAUUACUCAGUACUACUCAGUGCCCUGAUUUCUCUUAACACCUGGUCCAGCAGGCUGCUUAGCCAAGGCAGAACCCCUUUAGGUCUUUAUUUUACAUUUCUACUUUUGGUCAACUGGAGCAAAGGUGGCAAUGAGGCCUGCAGUCAGUGCCCAGGAAUGCUGGCUACCAGCUAUCUCCCAUGCUACAACCUAAGGAAAUCCUGUGGUGAUAAGCUUCCUGAGUUCCCUUACUCUCCUGGCCCCUGGAGCAGCCCUACCUACGAGCUGCUCGUUUUAGAUAGGUUCAGCUCUACUGCCUUUCCUGGGGGGGUAAGGGUCCAAGCCUCAUUCCUCCUCUUCCAACCAUCUUCAUUCUCUCCAUGCCCAGUCCGAGGAAAGGGACAAGCUUCUGUUUUUUAGCUGGCUCAGCUAUUCAUUUUUAGGUCCUUUUGAUCCUGUCAUUUGAAAAUUCCUAUAGGGCAGGGACUUUGUCAUAUCCAGCCCAGCACAAGUUAAUGUUAAACUAUAUCUGUAAGAGAGAAAAGGAACUAGAGUUAAGAUUUCAAAGAAACCGAAAACCUUUAUGGGUGAGACGUAUACUCCUAGAUAGCCCAAUGCCAAGUGGUUUGGAAAAUAAAAAGCCCCCACUGCCUCACCAAGACAUACCACUGGACAAGAUGUUUUUAUUUAAUUGCAUAUGUCAGAAGCAACCAAUGACCUGCCUACACAGAUUUCCCUCCCCAGAGUCAGGCCAAAGUCCCAGUUAGAGUUGGAGCAGCUUCUCUGCUAAAAGAGAACCUCCCUUCCCUUCUUCCAACUCCCUACCUCCUGCUGGUAUCAAGGAAGCCAGCAAACAUAAGUCCCUGGACCCCAAACCCCACCAGGUUCCAUUCAUAGUUCAAGGUCUAGGACAGUGGGGGAGAUAGGGACUGAUGGGGGAGGAAGAAAA